UUCUUUCGACUUUCUUGGACAUUCACCACUCUUUAAUCCACCACAACUUCGACCUUCUUCCCGCCCACGACGACUCCUUUCUCUUUUGAACAACGCGAAUUCGGCUUCCUUUUCCCCAAUACCCAAUACAAUAAUUCACAAUGGCGGACACAGUGCAAGAGAUCCUCGACGUGCCCCGCGAGUUCCUCAAGGACGGCAUUCAGUUCAUCAACAAGUGCCAGAAGCCUGAUCGCCGCGAGUUCAUCAAGAUCUCCCAGGCUGUUGGUACUGGUUUCUUGAUCAUGGGUGCUGUCGGCUACCUUGUCAAGCUCAUCCACAUUCCCCUCAACCAGGUCCUCGUUGGCGGCGCGUAAGCAAUCGACGAUUUUCGACGAGAUAGAGCAGAACGCGGACGAAGUAGUUGCGCCGAAAGAAUCGAGGGACAAGAUACCCAUGAAUGCUUUUUCACGACACAUGGACGGCGGACAGAGAUCCAACCACACACUAGGGAGAGAUCUUGAAAGGGCUGGGUCAAAAGGACAACGGCACCGGGCCGUCGAACGAUGAUAAUCGGUGGUCGUGGAGAGAGAGAGAUGAAGAAGACGAAAAAGAUAUCCUAUAUGCAGGU